CGGGCGGUGGCGCGGCUGGAAGGGCCGGGGCGGUUCUAGAAGCGCGCCGAGAGGGGCUGCAUGCUGCCGGUGCUCUGUGAGGGUGAAGCUGAGCUGAAAGGCCACUGCAGCCGUCUUUACCGGGGUAAUACUUCCGCUUUCUGGCAUUAAGGACCUAGGAAAUCAGCCUGCAGAUUUGAGCUAUCAGGAAGAUGAAGCCCUGGCUGCAGUUGGUGUUCUUUACCUGUAUUUUCUUGAUCCGGCACACAGAAGCAGAGUUCUUCACCUCCAUAGGUCAAAUGACAGACCUGAUUUAUGCAGAGAAGGACUUGGUACAGUCUUUAAAGGAAUAUAUCCGAGUAGAAGAGAACAAGCUCUCUCAGAUCAAAAGCUGGGCUGAAAAAAUGGAUGUCCUGACUAGCAAAUCAGCCUCUGAUCCAGAAGGGUAUCUGGCACAUCCCGUAAAUGCAUAUAAGCUGGUGAAGCGUUUAAAUACGGACUGGCUGGAAUUGGAAAACCUGGUUCUUCAGGAUACGACAAAUGGCUUUAUUGCAAAUCUUACAAUUCAGCGUCAGUUUUUCCCGACUGAAGAAGAUGAGACGGGAGCUGCGAAGGCUCUAAUGCGUCUGCAGGACACGUACAAACUGGAUCCUGAAACUCUCUCUCGAGGAAACUUGCCAGGAACAAAAUAUAGAUCCUCCUUGACAGUAGGUGACUGCUUUGGUAUGGGGAAGACUGCUUACAACGAUGGAGACUACUAUCACACAGUACUCUGGAUGGAACAAGCCUUAAAACAACAUGAUGAGGGGCAGGAUACAACAGUCAGCAAAGUGGAGAUCCUAGAUUAUCUCAGCUAUGCUGUUUUCCAGUUUGGGGAUUUACACAGAGCCAUGGAGCUUACCAGACGUCUGAUAUCACUUGACAGUACUCAUGAGAGAGCAGGCAGUAAUCUGCGGUACUUUGAGAAGUUGCUGGAGAAGGAGAGAGAGGAGGAGGAGAAAGAGAAGUCAAUAAAUAAGACCACGACAACAACAGAACCAGUGGUGCAAAGUGGUGCCUACGAGAGGCCUCUUGACUACUUGCCAGAGCGUGAUAUCUAUGAGGCCCUUUGCAGAGGUGAAGGGGUAAAAAUGACGCCUCGAAGACAGAAAAGGCUGUUUUGUAGGUACCACGAUGGAAACAGAAACCCCCAUCUGCUCAUAGCUCCCUUUAAGGAAGAAGAUGAAUGGGAUAGCCCUCAUAUUGUACGAUACUAUGAUGUCAUGUCUGAUGAAGAAAUUGAGAAAAUUAAACAACUAGCUAAGCCAAGACUGGCACGAGCCACAGUCCGUGAUCCCAAAACCGGUGUCCUUACAGUGGCUAGCUACAGGGUAUCAAAAAGCUCAUGGUUGGAGGAAGAUGAUGAUCCUGUUGUGGCCAAGGUGAAUCAACGAAUGCAGCAGAUCACAGGGUUAACAGUGAAAACAGCCGAACUAUUGCAGGUUGCCAACUAUGGAAUGGGAGGGCAGUAUGAGCCACACUUCGAUUUUUCUAGGAAAGAUGAGCCAGAUGCUUUCAAGCGGUUAGGGACUGGAAAUCGUGUGGCCACUUUUUUAAACUAUAUGAGUGACGUAGAAGCUGGAGGAGCUACAGUUUUCCCAGAUUUUGGGGCAGCAAUAUGGCCCAAGAAGGGAACAGCAGUGUUUUGGUACAAUCUUUUCAGAAGUGGCGAGGGUGAUUAUAGAACAAGGCAUGCAGCUUGUCCAGUACUAGUAGGGUGUAAGUGGGUUUCAAACAAGUGGUUUCACGAAAGAGGAAAUGAAUUUUUAAGACCUUGUGGGAGAACAGAGGUUGACUGAAACCCAACCUGCUGCAGGCCUGCCUUUCUGUCUCCUUUUCUACUGUUUGUUCUUCCAGUUCAUUUCUAAGAAAUGAUCCAUCUUUUUCUCCAAGAGUCCUGGCACUUUACCCAAAAAGGACAAAAAAAUAUGUAACACCUGUGAAAGAAAGUAAAUGGCAUUGUACACAUACUUGUGUUUUGGUUGCUGUUAUUUCCAUGUUCCCCCUCCCAACUUUCUCCGUACUAGUGGUGCAAACAGUGCUGUGGGCGAUUCAGUGUGUUUGGGUGCCUGGUCUUAUGCCUUUUGUACCUCAGAAGAUUUAGAUGUUAAAUAUUUCUUUGAACCAAAGUUGGUUUUUAAAAAAAAGUUUUGUGUACAUGUUGAUUUUAUUGUAUUUCUAUGGAUCACAUGUUUUGAAACAAAAAUAAAUGUUCUUUAUAAAGU